AUGAGCAACCGGGAUACCGCACAGUCCGAAGGCAGAAAGGCCAGUCAGCAAGGUGGUAGAAACACUAAUUCUGGCUCUUUCUCCGGUCCUGAUUUCAAUAACCUCUACGAUCAAAAGAGACCCACCGAUAAAGAGGCCAUCAAAAGACGCGAGAGCAUAUCAGAUCAGUAUAACACUGGAUAUGUAGGCAAGAUGUGGAAACGGUAA